AUGUCAAUCAUCCAAAUACCUAUACACCCUCCCGAUCAGCUGGCUCAAUAUCUCGGAGUCUCCACAUCGUGCAUCUGGUCCGGCUCCGAGCUUGAACAUGAGCUCAAUGCGGGCUGGCUCGCCAUCCGCCUGACGGACGAGCAGUCCCAAAGCCCUCUUUCUUCGGACGGUAUCUGGUCCACCAGCAUGAGAAAUCCCGAAACCAAACAAGAAACCAUCCGCUACUGGCAGACUAUACACAAAAACUGUACGGAUCCUCAAAAGGGCUUCUUUCGUCGGUGGGGGACCGUCAAGAGCAUGCUGCGGCAUACUGAGGGAGGCUUUACGGAUUGGAACCCAGACGAUCAUGCGUCAGAUUGGAUAUCGCUUUCGGCAAACUUUGACUGGAUCAUCUACCAGAUAGCAUACCGGCUGCUGCACCGGGGCCGUCCUUGGGUGGUCAUGAGCAUCGUCCGCCUUCCCGCUGGAGAUGACCGCAGCACCCUCAUCAUCGGGGAACCUGUCCAGGAGGUCAUGGGCAAGGACGGCUACCUUCGGAAUCGUCGAGGGUCCAAGUACGCUCGGCGGUUCGACGAGAAAUUUGCGUAUAGGCUCAUCCCGAAAAAGUACAUUGAGCAGAGUGUCCUUUUUACUUUCAAGCAUACUCCAUUGAUGUUACCAGCAAAGCAUCUCCGAACCGACCCCCCGUGGAAUUUCCAGCGUGGUAUCGACUGGGUCGACCAACUCGCUUUCAACGCUUGCCUCAACAGAUUCUACGACGUGUUGAGUCAAAUAUGUCAGAGGCAGAAUACUCUUUAUCGAAAUAAGCUUUAUCAGAACGAAUCUUACCAAAACGAGCCUCAAAAAUACAGUAUUCCUAUGCGUGACAUCUCGGACGAAGAUAGCGAUGAUGACUACUACUGA